CGCGUUUUCUCUCAGCCAAUCAUCUCACUGCUCCCGCCCUGACGCGGAAGUGAUCAGCGCGUCUGCGCUCAUCCACACACGCGCGAGAGUGACUGAAGAACCAAAACAAAGCCGAUCUCAACUUAUCACGGGCUCUGCGAGAGCGGAAUGGGUUCAGGUUCAACAUCAUCUGUGUGAGCACACAUACGCGUGUGUUUGAGAGAUGAGCGGCGCACAGGGGUGCAGCGGAGAGUCCGAGCACGAGGCAAAGCGGCUGUGCACGCGGAACGAGUCACAUGACCGCAGUGAACCAGCAGAGGGCGGCAGCGCUGCAGUGUCAGUGAUCAUGCCCGUGUUUAAUGCGUCUGAUUGGCUGGACGAGUGUCUGCAGGCGAUACUGGAGCAGGAUUUCCCGGGCCGUAUGGAGCUGUCCGUGUAUGACGACGGCAGUACGGAUAACUCCAGAGAACUGAUCGAGGGAUGGAGGCAGAGGUUCGAGGACAGAGGCCUUUCCAUGGUGAUCUCCGGCCACAGCUCACCCAGUCCACGAGGAGUUGGAUUUGCUAAAAACCAGGCAGUGUGUCAGAGCUCUGGACGAUUCCUCUGCUUUCAGGACGCGGAUGAUGUCAUGAGGCCUCAGAGAGUUCGGCUACAGCAUGAAGCUGCCGCAGUCAAUCCCACCGCCAUUGUUGGUUGUAAAGUGUGUCGAGUUCCUGAAGGCUCCACUGAGCGCUACACCCGGUGGAUCAACUCUCUGAGUCCAGAGCAGCUCCUCACACAGGUGUACACCUCUCACGGGCCGACGGUCAUCAUGCCCACCUGGUUCUGCUCCCGCGACUGGUUCCAGACAGUCGGUCGGUUUGACGAGGGAGGAAAGGGCGUUCCUGAGGAUCUGCUCUUCUUCUACCAGAGUCUUCGUCGCGGGGGGACUGUGGUCCGAGUGGACGAGUGUUUGCUGGUUUAUCGAUAUCAUGAACAUGCGGCAACACAUUCUGUGCUGGAAGACACUAUCUGGGAUCUCCGCGUGGACUUCCUGCAGGAGCGAGUGCUCAGCCAAUGGGAAUCGUUCACUAUAUGGAACGCUGGAAAACAGGGACGGAAACUGUACCGCAGCUUGAGUCUUACCAAUCAGAAGAAGGUGAAAGCGUUCUGUGAUGUGGAUGAAAACAAAAUUCAGAAGGGCUUUUACACAUACGAGGAGUCAAAGGAGCGGCCGAAGCCCAAGAUUCCCAUCCUGCACUUUAGAAAUGCAUCGCCGCCAUUUAUCGUGUGUGUGAAGCUGGAUAUGACACAUGGAGUCCUGGAGGAAAACCUGCUGUCGCUGCAGCUGAAAGAGGGAAUCCAUUACUACCAUUUCAACUGAACACGGUGUGUGUCCGGCAGGUUUGGGCUGCGCUAGGAGAUCAAAAUAUCCUACAGGGACAGUCAAACCUCAGGUACUGUGGGACCUGCAAACAAGUAACGGACUAAUAAAGCGACUGAAUAAUGUCUUAAUUAAGAUCUAAGAAUGCAAAACCUUUUCUGUAAAGUUAGAGGCUGGAAAACAUCAUUAGCUCAGUGUGAAACUACAGAAGUUCAUCAGGACAAACUUGAUAAAUCCUUAUCUGAAUGUUUAAAAUAUAGUUUAAAGUUUGAUGGUUAUAUAGAUGCAGUAAGAAAAACAGGCAGCACUCAUGUUGAUAGCAUUGUUAUAGCAUGUUGCUAACAUAUUGUUGACUAACAUGAUAUAGGUUGUAUCAUGUUGGUAAUAAUAUACAUGCUAACGUGUUAUAGCACAUUGCUAGCAUGUUUUAACACGUCAAUAACGUAAUGCAUGUUCAAACACAUUACAGCUACUAGAGCCUGCAGUCUUUAGCCUCCUUGUUAACGCGCCCGCCUCCCACGGCAGAGACCCGGGUUCGAGGCUUGUGCAGAACAUGGCGAAUAGGACCAGAGAGGGGUUACAUUGGUGCCGUGUCCCAGAUGGGCCAGCUAGUAGGAGCUGUGCAUGUAAACUUCAUUUCCCUGGCCUCAAGAGGCGCAUUAGCGGCUGAUGCUAGAGGCUGCAGUCUUUAGCCUCCUUGUUAGUGCGUCCGACUCCCACGCCGGAGACCUGAGUUCGAGGCCUGCGCAGAGUGUUUUUGUAAUGUUUCAAGCAUGUUCAAACACAUUACUAGCAUAUUUUAACACAAUGCUAGUGUUUCUAACAUUUUUAAGCAUGAUUUUAUCAUGAUUUAGUAUGUUGUUAGCAUGUUUCUAGCAUGUUUUAACUUGUUAGCUUAUUGCUAGCUUGUUUUAACAAAUCGAUAACGUAAUUCUGCAUGUUUUGAACAUGUUCAAACUCAUUACUAGCAUAUUUUAGCACAAUGCUAGUGUUUAUAGCAUGUUUAAGCAUGAUUCUAUCAUGAUUUAGUCUGUUGUUAGCAUGCUUCUAACGUGUUUUAACACAUUGCUAGCCUGUUUUAACAAAUCGAUAAUGAAAUUGCAUGCAUGUUUUUAGCAUGUUCAAACUCAGUACAAGCAUAUUGUAACAAUGCUAGUAUAUUUCUAGCAUGUUUUAACACAUUGCUAGUAUGUUUAUAGCAUGUUGCUAAUAAUACGCUAGCAUGUUUUAGCACAUCGCUAACAAUUUUGCAUGUUUCGAGCACACAUUACUAGCAUAUUUUAGCACAAUGCUGGUGUUUUUAACAUGUUUAAGCAUGUUUCUAUCAUGACUUAGCAUGUUGUUAGCAUCCUUUUAGCAUGUUUUAACUUGUUAGCACAUUGUUAGCAUGUUUUAUCACAUGACUAGCAUAAUUUAACACAAUACUAGUAUGUUUCUAGCAUGUCUUAACAUGUUGCUAGCAUGUUUUGUCAUGCUACUGGCCUUUUAUAGCAUAUUGCUAACAUGAUUUGGGGUUUAAGCCUGGAAAAUAUCUAUAGUUUCACACUGAGCUAAUAGAGACGAUGAAAAAUCUUCGUAAUCUUAGAAAAAACAGUGUGUCAGAGCUGAGAACUGGUUCCUGCUGUCCUUCCCAAAGUUCCCAGCUUGAGAAACCUCUCACAUCCCUCUCGCACCUAAACUCAAACACACAUAGGUGUCUGUUUGCAUUCCUGAUGCCCCGUGUCACUGGAUUUCUCCAUCGUUCCCGAGUGACGCCACACUCAGAAUAAACCCUUUUCCCGCAGACAUGCUCUCAAUCUUGCUGGUCGAGUGUGCGGGAAUGGCCUGAAACUGUUGUGCAGACUUAAUCUGUUAAUCUCUCAUUUAGUCUUUUUUUUUAUUAUUUUAGUUAGCUUUUUUAUCUUAUAUUUAUAUUUUAUUUUAUUUCAGCUUUAUUUAAAUUACCAAAAAAGUAUAUUUAAUAGUUUUAGUUAGCAACAACAACACUGUUUCAGUAUUAUGCUGUUGUAUGUUAAAUCCUUGUGAUAUUAAAGAUGUAUUUUUAGAAUUUUUAAAACUCAUUUCCUCCUUUUUCUUUGUGUAUGUGUGUAUUAGCUUAUCACUUUCUGAUAACAGCCAACUUUAAUAAUUCAUGACAGUCUCUGACAGGUCUGGUUAGUUUUAUCUGUCUUCCUCUCAACAGUCGUCCAUUUUGCUUUGUGUGUGUGAGACUGGAAUGUGUGUGUUAUCUGA